AUGAAAGGCCAUUGGAGGAGUUUGAUGUACAAACCAGAAAGGUCUGGGGGCGUCCUGAAGUCAGCUGCUUCAUUCCCACAGAAGAAGGAAAGUCGGGAACCGCAGAAAUUCAAGGUAUUCUGGAAGGACCGUGCCUUUGAGAAAGAGACGCACGGCGGCACUGAAGGGGAGCUCUUGUUAGAUGGAAGGCCAUGCGGCAGUUGCUUCAUCAUCCCUGGCAAGCGACAUCAGACGCAGGAUAUCGCGUGGGUCGAUGGCUUUGAGAACGAGGGUGGCGAAGUACAGCCGUUUGCCUUUGUCAAAGCUGAACGAACAGAGGACGAAGAGUGGCUCGUUUGGAAGGAACUUGACGAGCACAUAGGCGAGAUACGAGUAAUCAUCAGGAAAAUCAAGGGUGCUACAUCCAAGGACCCGUCACUCAGGGGCUUGAAUGCGAAGGAGAAACGUCAGAGGCUUCAAGAACGAAAGGAAAGGCAAGAAAUGAGCAGCAGGACUCUUGUUCCAAACAUCGGUGGGAAGAUUCACGAGCAGGUGAAGAAGGAACUUCAUGGUGUUCGCAUCGGGUACGAUGACUCGUGA